AAAGACCCUCAGACUCCUGCAGCAGCAGAGACAGAGACCAACCCUCUACCUCAGAUGUUCCACAUGGAAUCAAAGCCAGAUGAGACUAACGCACAGAUGGACAGUGGACCAGAGGUUUCUCGUCAUUCGUGCGAUUCAGAUGAAACUGUUCUGAAAGAAACCUGUGAUGAGGCUUCUCCAAACAACCAUUCCAGAGAGCAAUCAGAUGAUGAACUUCCACCUCUGAGACGCACAAAAAGCAUUAUGAUGGAUCGACUACAAGAUUUUGCUGGCUGUCUCUACGAUUCAAGUGAUGACAGCACAGAGGGCACUUUGAUUUCUAAGCCUGAAAGGGAUUCACAGAGGCUGAGAAGAAGCUCUCGCCAUCCUAUUCAGAUGCCUCUUGUGGAAUCAGAUAACUCUAACAUUGGCAGUGAAGAUGAGUACAUUCCAUGUCCCAAGGACGAAAGCACAGAAAGUGAUAGCAGUUUGGAAUUAACCCUGGAAAAUAAAAAAAGGAACAAAGGUGCAUCUAGUGAGAGCAGAAGAAAGUCUUCCAGUCGGAGCAAGUUUAAGCCCAGGGAGAGUGGAAGUGAGUCCUCCAAGCAGAAAAGAAGCAGGUCUUCCAGUCAGAGCCAGCUUGAUUUUAGCCAGAAGAGACCCUUUAAAACAGGUCAUGACCCCACACAAAUAUUUCCAAAUAGCAGAGUUGAUGGUAAUGAAAAGAAAAUAGUUGCAACAUAUUCUAAAAAGGAUGUGAGUGUUUCAAUGCCCCUGGAAGAAGAGCAGUCUAUGUAUGUCAAUCCAGUUUUAAAGAAGAUGGAUGGGUCUAGAAGCUACAACAAAAAACAUUUCUGCUUUUAUUGCAGAAAGUUUGUCCAGAAAAUGUCAAGGCACUUGUGGCGUAAACACCAAGAUGAAACAGAUGUUGCAAAAGCAUCCAGUUUGCCAAAGAACUCAAAAGAAAGGAAACUGCAGUUGGACUACAUACGAAAUAAGGGCAACUUUGAGAACAAUAGUGAGGUUUUGGAGACACAGAAAGGUUUGCAACUUCAAACCUGA